AUGGUGACCGAGAUGGGUUCAGCGUCAAUCGGCGGCAUCAGUCCAGCGCUGAGCGCGAACGCCGCCAAAUCGUUCCUGGAGGCGACGGACAAGGAGAAGAAGGAGAUGCAGGGACUGAACGACCGCUUGGGCAACUACAUUGACCGCGUGAAGAAACUCGAGGAACAGAACAGGAAGCUGGUGGCCGAUUUGGACGAAUUGCGUGGCAGAUGGGGAAAGGACACCUCGGAAAUUAAGGUUUGUGACCGGGAAUUUUGUCCGCCAGGGAUGUAUUUUGUCCGUUAG